UUACGGCAAGGAACUGAUAAUAACUGGGAAAAUUCCACAACUAAAGGAAUCUAAUUCUUCUAGGCUAUUCUUUCCAUCAAACAUCAAUUAUGGCAGGUAAGGAAUUCAAAGCGUCAAUUCGGAAAGUCACAGAUAAUGCUGUGACGGUUUCCUGUCCCUUUAGUGUACUCUGUUUCAAUUUUGGUGCCAGGAUGUCAAUUUUGAAUUACGAUGGCAACCUUGUGAUUUGGUCUCCAUUGGAAUAUCAUGAAGAGACAUUCACUAAAGCUGUAAACUUACUAGUUGGAGAAGGUAGUUCAUAUCAAGUAAAAUAUGUGAUUGCCAUUAACAAUGAACACAAUUUAUACGCGCAUCAAUACAAAGAAAAGUUUGGGGCCAAGAUUAUUGCCUGUGACAAGGCUAAAUUGAAAAACAACGUCGAAGUAGACCAUAAAGUGACAGAAUCACUUUUGGACAUGGUAAUUCGUGGUGAUCUCUGGCAAGAGAAAUUGGGGAUCUCUGAUUAUUAUUUUAAGGACAAUUUGGAAAUGAUUUGUAUGAAGAGUCACGUUACCAACGAUGUUGAAUUAUUUGAGAAAAAUACUCAUACGUUGUAUGUCGGAGACUUGAUUAUCAAUUUAGGAGCUCCAGGUACAACCACAGGUCAAGUUGAAUUAGAGCAAUAUAGUGAAGCCACCGGGUACUAUAAGGGGUAUAAUCCUCACGGGUGGUUGUCGUUCCCUACGAGAUAUCUUCAACCACGGAGUGCUGUGGGAAGCUAUCUAGCUAAUUAUUUCGCCCAAACGAAAUCUCCUGAAGGUGCUGAGUCAAUUCGAACAAUAUGUCAAUGGGAUUUUAGCAAAAUAGUUGUAACCCAUGGCAAUGUCAUUGAAAAGGAAGGUAAAGAUGAUUUUAAGAAGUUGUUCUCUAGUGUAUUUACAUAAAUAGGCUUAUUUGUAUAUAAUCCAUUGUUUCCCCAUUCACGUGACUCGUAUUUCUGCGAAAGAACCCCUUGUACAUG